UUACAAAUGGUUAAAAUGGUAGUUCCUAUGUCAAAAAAAAAAUGCUAAAUCUGGGCAUAGAUAAUGUCCCACACAGAUUGAGCAGAUCCCCGCUUCGGUGAUGUCCAGCUUCACGUUUGCUUUCUGAGGAUCCCUACGUGGCAAUCAACUAAUCAGUAUUUAUUGAGCUUCCAUUCUGUGCCAGGCCUUAUGCCAGUCAACAAAGAUACAAAAGAGGUGGGCCCCGCCUUCAGGAGUGUUAGCUUGUUCUGUUACUCUUCUGGUGGUGGUUGGAGUUGUUUUUAUUUGAUUUUCAAGAUUAUUGCAUCCCAAGUUCCUGGUUUAAGAAAUAUUUUCAGGGACUGUAGAGAUUUGGAGAAGCAUGAGGUAAAAGGAGGGGAAAAGAAAGGGAGUGGGAGUGGUGGCGGUAAACUUCAGUUCAAUUCAACAAAAAAUAAACACUGCUGUUUUCAAGGUUCUAUACUGUGAACUCUUCAGUGUUUAGGUAAAUGUAGGUAUAAGCCCUCCUACAAAGGAAUUCAGUUUGAUAGAGAAAAUACCAGCACAGACUUUCCAAUUUUUGAAAACAACAGUGGAAGUCUGUAGCUCCUAGGAUCUCCUGUCCUAGAUCUCUUUUCUCCUCCUUAGCCAGACUACCUCCAAAGAGAUCUCUAGAUCCAUUGCCUCCCAGUCAUUCCCCAACAGGCCCCGGCAUACAGUAGGGGCACACAGUAGGAGCUCGGUGGAAUGUUCAUUAACUAAUGAAUGGUCAUCACAGGUAAAAAUACAAAAUGCUAUGAAGUUUAAAGGAGGAAGAGAUCACAUGGCUAUUAACUUGCAUUUAUUUAACAAAUUGGUGUUGGUUUUCUCACCCUAAUACAAUGAAGUUGUCAGUUAAAGAUUAGUUUAUCUUAAUGUUUUCAUUUGUUAUUUUCUGAAUGCCUAUAUGCAGGAAAAUGCAGAUGACUCUGAUGGUUGGUAUAACAAAGUCUUCAUUCAUCUAAAAGAACUGUCAUAACAGGGGUCUAGAUAUCUUUUGUUAAAAAAUAUAUGGGCUGGGUGCGGUGGCUCACUCCUGUAAUCCCAGCACUUUGGGAGGCUGAGGUGGGUGGAUCACUUGGGUCAGGAGUUUGAGACCAGCCUGGCCAACUUGGCGAAACCUGGUCUCUAUUAAAAAUACGAAAAAAUUAGUGUGGUGUGGUGGUGCGUGCCUGUAGACCCAGCUACUUGGGAGGUUGAGGCAUGAGAAUCGUUUGAACCUGGGUGGUGGAGGUUGCAAUGAGUUGAGAUCAUGCCACUGCACUCCAGCCUGGGUGACAGAGCAAGACUCUUAUCUCCAAAAAAAAAAAAAAAAUCUAUAUAUAUACAUAUACAGGUGUGAGGUGUCUCUCACCUCUACCCACUGAUUGGGAAGCUGAGGUGGGAGGAUGGCCUCAGGCCAGGAGUUCGAUACUGGCCUGGGCAACAUAGCAAGACCUAGCUCUUAACUUUUUUUUUUUCUUUCUGUAAUCAACUUCACUGUUCAUUAAUGUGGAGUGCUUCUGAAAUGUUUAAGAACAGCUUGGAUUUUUUGUUUCGUCUUUGAAACAGGGUUUGCUGUGUCACCCAGGUUGAAGUGCAAUGGCACAAUCAGCUCACUGCAGCCUUGAUCUGGGUUCAAGCGAUCUUCUGGCUUCAGCUGCCCAAGUAGCUGGGACUACAGGUGUGCAUCAUCAUGCUCAUCUAAUUUUUUGUGGAGAUGGGGUCUCACUUUGUUCCCCAGGCUGGUCUCGAAACCCUAGGCUCAAUUGAUCCUCCCUCCUCAGCCUCCCAAAGUGCUGCGAUUACAGGCAUGAGCUUCUGCGCCCAGCCAGCUUGGUAUUUUCCUCAUUUCUCUGGAAAUACACAUGAAAUUUUAUGCAUGCCACUAAUUCUUUGUGAUAGUCUGUAUGUAAAUACAUUUGAAAAUUUGUACUGGAUUUUAAAGGAUUUCUAAGCAGAAAUAAACUUUAGCCUAGGCAGACAAAUGGACACAAAUUUCAAAUCUAUAAUUUUGAAAAUCUAGAAGGUAAUUUACUUGGUCAUCUUCAGGAAUAUAUUUGUUGGUCACAUGUUCACAUGAUAAGUCAUGAAUAACCAAAACUGCUCAGAAGAUUUACCUUCUAAUAACUGUAAGAACAACACUGAAGGGGUUUUGAAUAGUAGUUAACAGCAAGUAUUUCAUGAGUGCUUGUUUUAUGUCAGUAAGUGAAAGGUAUCUAAUUCUUGCAGCAAUACUGUGAGGUCGUUUUAUCCCGUUUCGUGGAGAGACUCUAUGGCAGAGACUUAAAUCCUCUAGCUAUUGUCGCAUUACUCACAGGUGGCAAGCUAGGAAGUGUGUCUGAAUUCUAAGAAUGCUAUUUUCCCACUUAAACCUAUUUAAGUGUGUCUAAACUGAAAACAACUAAAGUUUGGCCCAAUUUUGAGCAUUUGAUGGAGUACAAGAAAUUCAUUAAACUGUACCCUUAAAAUCUUUGCCAAAAAAAUGUAAAGAUCAAGGUAACUUGAUCUCAAAAAAAAUUUCAAAAUCAAGGUAACUAAUGAAGAAUUAAAAAUAAUAGGCCAGGUGCGGUGGCUCACACAUGUAAUCCCAGCACUUUGGGACGCUGAGGUGGGCGGAUCACCUGAGGUCAGGAAUUCAAGACCAGGCUGGCUAACAUGGUGAAACCCCGUCUCUACUAAAAAUACAAAAAUUAGCUGGGCCUGGUGGCUGGCGCCUGUAAUCCCACUACUGGGGAGGCUGAAGCAGGAGAAUUGCUUGAACCUGGGAGGCAGAGGUUGCAGUGAGCUGAGAUUGCAACACUGCACUCCAGCCUGGGCGACAGUGUGAGACUCCAUCUCAAAAUAAGUAAUUUAAAUAGGGGUUGAGUGGGUGCAAUGGCUCACACCUGUAACUCCAACACUUUGGGAGGCUGAGGUGGGAGCCCAGGAGUUGGAGACUAGCCUGGGCAACAUAGGGAGACCCCCAUCUCUAUAGAAAAUUUAAAAAUUAGCCAAGCAUGGUGAUGCAUGCCUAUAGUCCUAGCUACAUGGGAGGCUGAGGCGGGAGGAUUGCUUGAGCAGGUUGAGGCUGUAGUGAACCAUGAUUGUGCCACUGCACUCAAGCUUGGGUAACAGUGAGACCCUGUCUCAAAAAUAGUAAUGAUACGGACUGAUUUAAGCGAUUUGAAUUCAUAGGGAGUCAAUACACUCAAAGCUGAUGAAUCAUGAAAUAAUGAUGUAAGCAUAGGAUUUCAGUUUAAGGAGUUAAUUACCAAAAGAAUGAAAAACAACUGGUUAACAAGGGUUGCCACUAGAGGUGGAAGGGAUAGGAGUGUGGAUUGUUACUUUUCAUUAUAAACAGGUUUUUUUUUUUUUUUUUUUUUUAACCAUAUACAUGAAUCAUACUACGUAGACUUAACACUUUUUAAGAUAUAUUUUUCAUAAAAGUGGUUGUGUGACUACACUCAGAGGACCAGCCAUAGGUAAUGGUCACAUCAUUCGUGUUUUAUGACACUUGACCAUUGACUAAAGCAUUUCUGACUCAUAUCGUUCUGAUUUUGAACUCCACUUUGAAAUUAUGACAUCAUUUGUUAAGUGUUCUGUAAGAGUGCUUGUCCAUAGUUUUCAACCUCAGCACUUCUGAGGGAUAUUAAACAUUUUCAGUGGUGACUGUGGCUUUCUACUGCAGUGGUACUCAGUUAACUGAGUUGGAGGGAAUACAUAGUUUAAAAAAACUAAGUCUGAUACAUACCAACAACCUAAAAGAAUUCUUGGUUUCAUGUCACUCUACUAUAUAUUUUGAUUCAUUCUCCCAGGAUGUCUCUAGUAUAGUACCUUACUUAGAGUAGGUAUUCAAUAAAUUGCUAAAGGAACGAUUUUGAAAAUAAACUGGUUGAAACAUAAUGGUGGAGGUUAAGUGGCUUUUGCAAUCUCUGUCUUACCCUCAAAUCAUAUAAUGCAUUUUAAAGUACACAAUAAAUAACUUGGUUAUCUGUGUCACUGCAGCAAUGGAUAAUCAUUGAUUGCUUGGAGAUGUCAGGUGUUGUGCAUGUCCUCUAACAAGUGUUAUCUGGGGCCCGGCGCAGUGGCUCAUGCCUGUAAUCCCCGCACUUUGGGGGGCCGAGAUGGGUAGAUCACUUGAGGUCAGGAGUCCAAGACCAGCCUGGCCAACAUGGUGAAACCCCAUCUCUACUAAAAAUAGAAAAAUUCGCCGGGCUUGGUGGCAGAUGCCUGUAAUCCCAGCUACUCAGGAGGCUGAGGCAGAAGAAUCACUGGAACUCAGGAGGCAGAGGUUGCAGUGAGCCGAGAUCACACCAUUGUACUCUAGCCCGAGUAACGAGCAAAACUCUGUCUCAAAACAAACAAAAACUUCCUUACUGCUGAACUGUUUCUCUACUGAAUCAUUUAUCUGGAAGACACAUGCUUUUCUCAGUCCAGUAAAUCUGGUUCAGUAUUUUACACACUUCUGAUCUUUCAGUAACACAAUAACACUUUGGCAUUUGGAUGUAGGGAGAUACUUAUGUUAGUGAAAUAAUGUAAUAGCUCACAUAAUUGUGCCUUCUUCCCGUCUGGUUGAAAGGACAGAGGACUAAGCCCAUGGACUGGAAAUUGGAAGGGAGUACUCAGAAAGUAGAGUCACCUGUGCUGCAGGGGCAAGAAGGCAUCCUAGAGGAGACAGGUGAAGAUGGACUUCCUGAAGGCUUCCAGCUUCUGCAGAUCGAUGCAGAAGGCGAGUGCCAGGAGGGAGAGACCCUGGCCACAGGCAGUACGGCAUGGUGCUCGAAAAAUAUCCAGAGAAAACAGAGACACUGGGAAAAGAUAGUUGCAGCAAAGAAGAGCAAAAGAAAGCAAGAAAAAGAACGAAGAAAAGCCAAUCGUGCAGAAAAUCCAGGCAUUUGCCCCCAGCACAGCAAACGUUUCCUGAGAGCUCUAACCAAAGACAAACUUUUGGAAGCCAAACACUCAGGACCAAGACUAUGUAUCGAUUUGAGUAUGACCCACCACAUGUCAAAGAAGUUAGACAUAACAGAAGAAGACUGCUUUAGUUUAUUUCCUCUGGAAACCCUUGUGUACCUGACUCCUGACUCAGAACACGCUCUUGAAGAUGUUGAUCUAAACAAAGUUUACAUCCUCGGUGGGCUUGUGGAUGAAAGCAUUCAGAAGAAGGUGACAUUUCAAAAGGCCCGGGAAUACUCUGUCAAGACCGCACGCUUGCCAAUCCAGGAAUACAUGGUCAGAAACCAGAAUGGGAAAAACUAUCAUUCAGAGAUACUGGCCAUCAAUCAAGAGACUCACAACUGGCCUGAAGCGUUGAAGAAAGGAGUUUCUUCAGGAAAAGGCUAUGUUCUUCGGAACUCAGUGGAAUGAUGGGCCUAAGAUUGCAGCUGCGUGGCCAGGUGCUCACGCCGUAAUGCCAACACUUUGGUAGACUGAAGUGGGCAGAUCACCUGAGGUCAGGAGUUCACAACCAGCCUGGCCAACAUGGUGAAACCCUUCUCUACUGAAAAUACAAAAACUAGCCAGGUGUGGUGGUGCACACCUGUAGUCCCAGCUACUUGGGAGCCUGAGGUGGGAGAAUCACUUGAACUCAGGAGGUGAUGGCUGCAGUGAGCUGAGAUUUCACCAGUGCACUCCAGCCUGGGUGACAAGAGCAAGACUCCAUCUCAAAAAAAAAAAAAAAAAAAAAAAAAAAAAAAAAAAAAAAAAAAAAAAAUAUGCAGCUGCAGGAGUGAGGUGCUUGGAGGUACCUUGACCAAAGAGCAGGGCAGAGGAUGGCAGUGGCACAUAGGCACAUGUCUUUGCACGACAUCGUCUCAGAGCUUCACAAUAAGCUAAUGUCAGGGACCACAAUUUAAUGCUUUUUAAUCUCCCAUAGUGCCUGGCUCACAGGAAGUGCUCAGAUAUGUUAAUAAAAAGUUAAUGUGGUGGGUGCAGUCGCUCAUGCCUGUAAUCCCAGCACUUUGGGAGGCUGAGGCGGGUGGAUCACAUUGAAACCCCGUCUCUACUAAAAAUACAAAAAUUAGCUGGGCAUGGUGGUGCAUGCCUGUAGUCUCAGCUACUCGGGAGGCUGAGGCAGGAGAAUCGCUUGAACCCAGGAGGCGGAGGUUGCAGUGAGCCGAGAUCGUGCCACUGCACUCCAGCCUGGGCGACAAAGCAAGACUCUGAAGAAAAAGAAAAAAAAUUUAUGUAACAAGGAAUUAGCCUCAAAACCACAUGGCUUUGGAUGUGCUAAUUCAACUUUUGUACAUCUAUUUGUGAGAGACGUCUUAAAAUUGUUUAAAUGGUUAUAUCAAGAGUUUAAUAUUCACCAAACUGGCAUCAUAAAAUUGUAUGACUUUCUCCAGCCUUGUCUGAUCAUGCUCGUUGCUGCCCAGCUUGGAAUAAGCUUUGCAGGAUCCAGCCUGUUCUGACCUAUCCCUACUGAGUCCCCAUAGCAUUUUGUUCCCUCCUGUGGCUCUUACCCUGUUCUCCCUUGCAGAGUAUGGGCACAGAGGGCUUCUCUUUCUAAUCCUUCCUAAUAGUAGGAUCCUAACAGAACAAAUCUGUGUACCUAUCUUUCUAUCCUCCCUGAACCUGGUACCAACUAGAUUCUUCAUAUGUAUUUGUAACAGAUUAAAUUGUAAAGCAAACACAGUAUUGAUAAAAGUCUGUCUUGAAAAUAGCUAGAAAGUGUUAGACACAUGAUCAUGUUAGAUAACCUACUUAUUACACAAAUCUCAUGUUCCUUAUGUCCCAGUUGGACAUAUUUGCUUCAGUUACUCUUGACAGUUUGGGUUAACUUGCUAGUUAAGCAGCUAGGAAAUUCGGGAAAUAUAUUCAAUACCUCAACCAAUAGAUUACUUCUCUGCUCUGUCCCCUCCCCUUCACAAUUUAAUUCCUAAGGAACUGCGUUCACCUAAUUAUAUCAGUGCCUUUCUAUUUAAAAACUGGCUAGACAGUUCAUAAUAAAAGAUGAUAUGGGACCAACCUAAGUACCUAUCAACCAAUGAAUGGAUAAAGUAUAUAUAUAUCCUGUGGAAUAUUACUCAGCCAUAAAAAACGUCUUUUGCAGCAACUUGGAUAGUAUUGGAAGCUAUUAUUCUUAGUGAAGUAACUCAGGAAUGGAAAACCAAAUACCAAAUGUUCCCACUUGUAAGUGGGAGCUAAGCUACAGGUAAGCACACAGUGGUGUAACAGACACUGGAGACCCAGAACGGAGAAGGAUAAAAAACUACAUACUGGGUACAACAUAUAGUACUCAGGUGACUGGUACACCAAAAUUUCAGACUUCACCACUAUACAAUUCAUCCAUGUAAUCCAAAACCACUUGUUCCCCUAAAAGCUAUUGAAAUAAAAAGUCCAGUCCUUAGAAAAAAAACAUCAUUAGAAACACACAAAGCUCCUUGGUCUUUAUCAACAAAUAGAUAAACAAUGACUUCUAGAAUCUCUUUGAUCCAAAAAGGACUUUCUAUGGAUAGGCUUCAGGGGUUCUGUAUCUCACAUAUUCUCAGAUGUCUAGAAACCAAGAAUCACUGAUGUGGAUCACCUGGCAGUUUUUUUUUUUUUUUUUAAAACCUCUAAAGGUUUUAGUUAAUAUACUAAAUAGCAUAGAAGAGUUUUCUAUGCUUAGCUCCUAGGAAAUGAUUUUAGCAAAAUAAGACUUGGCCAGAUUGGGAUUCAGAAAUCCUCAUAGUGUUAAUUUAUAUAAUGAUAAAACUAUAUCAAAAAUAUGUAACAUGAAAUAUGUGACUAAUGAAUUUUUAAUGGAAGUUGUGAAAUGUAUCAUGCUGUUUGAAGUAGACAAAAGUAUAUUACAAAGUAGCAUAUAAGCUAUAACUAUAAUUUCAAUUUGAUGAACAUAGAGAAUGCAGGCCAAGUUAAACUCUGUGCCUCAGUUUCAAUUAUGAGGAUAAGUGUCUUCUGCAGUUAGUAAGAAUAAAGGAGUUUAAUCCAUGCAAAACACAAUACUUGGUAAAUGAAAAACACGGUAUUUCGUUACAUACUCACCUGCUGAAUAAUGGGACUACAGGUGACAUUUCUUUGCUGCUUUAUACUUAUGUACUCUACAUUUCCUCUGGUGAACCUGGCUUACUGUUAUAAUCAGAAAAUUAUUUUACUGCUGACCUCCAGUUAAUUAUGGAAGCUGUGGCAAUUACUAAGGGAGUUAACUCCAAAUAAACCCUAAUACUGUUUAGUAAACUUUAUUGUACCAAACAAAAAAGAUUUUGCAAUGAUUUUCUCUCCCACGAAAGCAUGGGUGAAAACCAGUAACUUAUAAAAAUACUUUAGGACUCUAAUAAGAUAAUACGUACAUUCACACCUUAUCUUCUGAGUAUUUAAAUGGGGGAGGUUCACCCAAAAAAACCCAUAUUUUUUUGCCUCAACUGACCUGUAAAAAAGUCCACCUGUAUCAACUUUCUGCCAAUCUGGAGAAGAUCUGUUUUCUUUGAUCUGACGUCAUGUGUUCACAAGCUUCUAAAAUGUUUGCCAAAAUUAAAGUCUGCUGGAUGGUUUUUGCCUUAA